AUGAUUCCCCUGUGGAUCCUGGCGCUGGUCGCGGCCGUGUGCGCCUUCUUCUGCGGGCCGGUGGUGAUGAUGCAUGGGCCGGGAGCCGCCGGGCUGCUCACCAGCCGGGCGGCGUUCGAAGCCUUCCCCAAGCCUUACUACUACCUGCUCCGCACGUACGGACCCGCCGCGGCCGUGUUCGUGUUCCGUCACCUCCCCCAGUGCCUGAUCUCGAUCUUGGCUUUUAUUUUCGGUAUGUGA